AUGUUAAGAAACUCAACCGGUAUAAAUAUGCCCACGUACCAAACGCAAGACGCUCCUCUUCUUCCCUCCUCUCCACAAAUAAACAGUGGGCAGCCUUAUAUGGCGUCUACUGAAAGAAUGUUAAAACGUGCAGUAGAUAUUGCCUGUACUAUUUGUCAUUCUAAUGAGGAACUUAUCUCCAUUAAGAACUAUAUUGAAAAUGAAGAAGCUAAUAACUUAUUAUUAGCAUAUGAAGAGGCAUUCAGUAAACCUCAAAGCCUGAAAGACAAAUACAGCUCACAUCUCAGAACAUUAGAUACUCAAAGAUAA